UUUCAGGACAGAAUCAACGUUUGAUCAAGGCUGAAAAUUGCAAAUUAUUCAUCCGCUGGUGUCACCAAGUUAUAAAUUAGCAGACAGCAUAACUGAUAACCAGGUUUAUCCACAUUUCCUUACUUCUGCAUUGUUAAUUUUAACCUCAAAAUUAUUCCAGCUAAAUUUGACUAAACUGUACUGAAAUACACAAACUAAUUGUACUUAAUUCAAUUGGAUGACAAUUAGAAAGAAUGGGAAUUCAAGAUUCUGAGCGACCAUCGGUGAAGGACGCCAAUCCAGGAAUAAAAUUGGAUAAAGUUGCCUGGACAAAAUCUAAUAAAUAUUCGAGACAUUUUAUCCAUGGUCAAAACAGAAGAAAACAUGGCAACCGAGCUAAUCAGGAUAGACACGAAUUUAAGGAUAUUGAAGAUAUGAGGCAAGUUGGGACAUCUAAAAUUUACUACAACCCAAAACAACUUGAGCUUGGUUGUUCAACAACCUUGGUAUAUAAAGGUUACUUUGCUUCACCUAAGACAAAGGCUGCCGUAAAAGUUAUCCUAUUACGUAAUCAUGAAGUAAUUAAGGAGGAUUUUGCGAUUUGGCAAAAAAUUAAAGGGGGCGUUAACAUAAUAAAGUACUAUGGUUAUUUCGACAUAAAGAAUAAUGGAGCACCAAUGCGUUACGUGGCGAUGGAAGUGGCAACCUCAACGUUGAAGCGCCAGGUCAAAGAAUUAAGAUUAUCUACUCAUGACAUCCAGGGUUACUUAAGGGAUGCAGCAAAGGGGAUCGAAUGGCUGCACAGCAAAAAUAUCAUUCACAGGAAUAUUAAACCAGACAAUAUUUUAAUUAUGCAAAACGGUAGGGCCAACCUAAGUGAGUUUGGUCUAGUUAAAGUUAUAAAUCCUGACGGGGAUCAAUUUGACUCACUGGGGAGGGGAGUUUUUGAUUGGAUGGCCCCUGAAGCUAUUACGUCAUGUGUGGAUUCUGUUGAGCUAAAUGCGACAAAAUCAUUAGAUAUAUUUGCAUUUGGUGUAACAAUCGCUUAUGCGGUGCUAGGGGGGAAACAUUUAUUUGGGCCCCCUCUAUUUCGUGCUGUCAAUAUAAUUCAGGGGAAGGUUAUAUAUAUGGAUAAAGUCGCAUCUGUCAUAGAUGAGAGACACGUCACAAUUAUAAAAGAAAUGGUGAAAACGAAUCCGUCAAGUAGACCAACGAUAAGCAAUAUUAUUAAAAAUGCAUUUACGGACUAAGAAAAAAUUUGAUAAAAAUAGAAUACAAUAAAAAUAAGAAAUCAAAAUAAAUCGUCACGAACGUCGAAAAUGAACUAUAGGCUCAUUCUGUAAGGGGAUGUAAGGGGAUGUAAAGAUUAAAUUUCAGUAAUAUCUCACUUUCCCCCCGACACGACGCCUGAGUGUGACCGUGACCUCGGUAUUGUACCAUAUGUUGAGGCCAGACCUUAAAAAUCUUGACUCGUUCAAAAGUUAUCCUAUAGUGUUAAAAACACCCAAUGAGGUGUGGCAGCGUUGUCACAUAUUCUUUUGAGUUAAAUAUAAGUACUUGUUUAAAUUAAAUACUUACGUAAAAUUAAUUAGUUUAGUUAAAAUUUUUCCUUCAUCUGAAUAUGUAAACUUAAGUAUAACCAAAUUUAAAUAUUUGGUAUCCUAUUUUGCACGGUUUGGGAGGACAUUUUUUAAACAACAAUUUAUUGAUAGCUUUCGGAUCUUCUUGAUCCUUCUUCAGUCAAUUGAUUGUAUAAAAUUUUUUUUUUUUUUUUAAAUAAUUUAAAUUUAAAUAAUUGUCACUUCGUAUGUAAAAUAAGCAGAAUUUUAUUAGCUCAUUCCAUUUGUUUCAUAAUAAAUAAAGCAUUAAAAAACAUUGUAAUAAUAAUUACGUCGCAAUUAAAUUGCUUCGCUAUGUGUGUACACACGUACGUAACGUCAUGUGUGCUUUAUACAUUUUUAUUUUCAAUAGAUCUAAUGUAUCUAUCAUAAACCAUGCAUUUGAUAAAAAUAAAUUAUGGGCCGUAAUCCUUUUAA